AUGAAUACGCCCCUUACUCAAGCAUUUCCAGAGUUAUCACAUCUAUUAGAAGAGGAUGUCAAGGAGGCCAUUGCCGAUCCGGCAUACCUUGCUGCCCUCGUCAACAGCCUGCCUGCCGCGCAUCAGGCAACGAAGGACGUCGUCGACAUAUCAACGCACGAUGAAGAGCUUGCGAGAGCGGGACUGGCGAUGCAGGAUGACCUGAAUCGAUUACGAGCGGAGACGCAGGCUGCGUUUGACCAUGCGCAGGAGCUGAAGCGCCGAUGGGCGGACGUCGACAGAGAACAACGAGAAGUAUAUCAAAGAUACGCGCCCUCCUUUCUCCUCAUGCGCCUACGACACGCAACAACCGAUAUCGACGUAAGCUCCGAACGACUAGCCUCCGAGUUUGUCAAGCCGCCAGAAGUGGAACAUGAUGCCGAUACGUCCCGAGCGGUGGACACAUUCGUGAAGGAAUUUAGGGAGCAGAGAAAGAUGUAUCAUAAGCGACUUAUGUGGGGCGAUAAGUGUGCGGAUGGGAAGGUCGUUUGGAGAGAUGGACGAUGA